AUGCUUGAGGCACGUCUAGAGCAGGCCAACUUGUUGAAGAAGGUCGUCGACGCCAUCAAGGAUCUCGUACAGGACUGCAACUUCGACUGCAAUGACUCCGGCAUUGCGCUCCAGGCAAUGGACAACUCGCACGUCGCGCUCGUGUCGAUGAUGCUCAAGUCAGAGUCCUUCUCGCCCUUCCGCUGCGAUCGAAACAUCGCCCUCGGCAUCAACCUCUCCUCCCUCACCAAGGUCCUGAAAUGUGCCCAGCCCGAGGACAUCUUGACCAUGAAGGCAGAGGACGCACCCGAUGUCGUCAAUUUCACCUUUGAGAGCUCCGAGAGCGACAGAAUCAGCGAGUACGAUAUCAAGUUGAUGGACAUUGACCAGGAGCAUCUUGGUAUCCCGGACACAGAGUACGCGGCGACCAUCACUCUUCCAAGUGCCGAGUUCAGACGCAUCACCGGAGAUCUUAGUGCUCUCUCCGAGUCGGUCGCCAUUGAAUGCACGAAGGACGGUGUCAACUUCAAGUGCAGUGGUGACAUUGGAAAUGGCUCUGUUACGCUUCGUUCACACACCGACGUCGACAAGGAGGAGAACAACGUCGAGAUCAACCUCACUGAGCCCGUCGCUCUGACAUUCUCCCUCAAGUACCUAACGAAUUUCUGCAAGGCUAGCGGCCUUAGCAAGUCGGUGAAGCUCUGCCUCAGCAACGAGGUUCCACUUCUGGUGGAGUAUCCUCUGAGCAAUAACAGCUUUCUCCGAUUCUACCUAGCACCAAAGAUUGGUGACGAGGAGUAG